GUGUUGGUUGCACUAAAAUAUUAUGAGAAACAGUUCGGACAUGAUGAGGAGAGAGAGAACAUUGCUGGUGGUACUGCUACUUAUUCUACUCCACCAUAUUUCUGCUACCAAGGACCACCAACAACACCGUUGUCCACCUUCUUCCUGUGGCAACAUCCCCAAAAUCAGUUAUCCAUUUCGAUUACAAGGCGACCCAGAGAACUGUGGUGACGAAAGGUACAAGCUUGUUUGUCAGAAUAAUGUUACUGUGUUGUAUCUGAACUCUAUACAAUACCAUGUUCAAGCAAUCAACUACGACAACUACACAGUAAGAGUGGUUGACCCUGCACUUCAGCACCACAACUGCUCCUCCCUUCCUCUCCGUUCUCUUUCUCGCUCCAAUUUCUCUGAUACUUACACUUUCUCCUCGGAUCUAUACCAAGCCGGUCUAGAUUGGUAUCGAAAUUGGGAAUCUCUGAGUUUUGAGCAUAUAGUGUUUCUGAACUGUAACCAUUCGGUGAAAGAGAACGGAAAGUAUGUGGAGAGUGGUGAGUGCGUGAAGUGGGACUCAAAGGGCUAUGCAUAUGCAGUGGGUGGAGACCUAAAAGCUGAGGACUUAGAAGUUGGGUGUGACGAAGAUGGGAAGGAACAAAGUUUUGGAAAAGAAAUCCUUGCAGAUAUUUCCAUUUAUGCUUCUAUAGUAUGGGCCUACAAAAUUUUGUUUGGAUUGCCAUUCCUAAUUGUGAUUUUCAUAUGUAAAUGGAGGAAAAGACAUUCAUCAAUGUAUGAAAAUAUUGAAAAUUACCUUGAACAAAAUCACUUAGCACCUAUCAGAUACUCAUACAAGGAAAUUAAGAAGAUGACUGAAGGUUUCAAAGAGAAGUUAGGUCAAGGAGGAUUUGGCUGUGUGUUUAAGGCAAAGUUACGCAGUGGACCUUCUGUGGCAAUCAAAAUAUUAGGUAAAGCCAAAGGAAAUGGACAAGAUUUUAUCAAUGAAGUUGCAACUAUUGGAAGAAUACAUCACCAAAAUGUGGUUCAAUUAAUUGGAUUUUGUGUUAGUGGCUCNAAGCGCGCUCUUGUUUAUGAAUUCAUGCCCAAUGGAUCUCUUGAUAAAUUUAUAUUUUCAGGAAAUGAAAAUAUAGAUUUUAGCUAUGAAAAAAUAUAUAAGAUAUCGAUUGGAGUAGCUCGUGGAAUUGCUUAUCUCCAUCAUGGNUGUGAGAUGCAGAUUUUGCAUUUUGAUAUNAAACCCCAUAACAUCUUAUUGGAUGANAACUUCAUCCCAAANNUUUCUGACUUUGGAUUAGCAAAGUUAUAUCCAAUANAUAAUAGCAUUGUNACAAUGACAGCAGCAAGAGGAACCAUUGGAUAUAUGGCUCCAGAAUUGUUUUACAAUAAUAUUGGAGGAAUAUCNCACAAAGCUGAUGUNUAUAGUUUNGGAAUGUUGUUGAUGGAGAUGGCNAGCAAGAGGAANAANCUAAAUCCCCAUGCAGAACACUCAAGUCAACUUUAUUUUCCCCUUUGGAUAUAUAAUCAUAUUANANAAGAGGAAGAUNUNGAUAUAAAGGAUUUGANCGAAGAGGAAAAGCUAAUAGUAAAGAAAAUGAUAAUAGUUGCACUUUGGUGUAUACAGUUAAAACCAAAGGAUCGUCCAUCAAUGAAUAGAGUAGUGGAAAUGCUUGAAGGAGACAUUGAAGAUUUGGAAAUACCUCCAAAACCUACUUUAUUUCCUGAUGAAAUGAGUGUAGGAGAUCAAAUCGCCAGUUCUAUCUAAACAAUUUUGAAUGAGUUCAUCUGGUAGUGAUUGAAAUUGAUAAAGGUAAUUGCAGGUUGCGGGCAAAAGGUUGAAAAUUCGCAUUGCAUUGGUGAAAAAUACCGAAAAGGGGAAGUAGGUGAAAUGUAAUAGUAGUUCUUUAAUCAAUGAUAAAUAUGUUUUGAUAUCUACAAUUCUAGUGCUGCACUUUUAUUGUACCUGUUAUUUGAAUAAUAGAUGUGGAUGUUUUUUAAAUAAUAU